UAAGAGUGCUAGUCCUAUUAAUACAUUGGCCACAUUUCAAUGGAAAUGACAUAAAUUGAAGUGCUAUUUAACAUCACAGAGCUCCCAAUAUCACAAUCAAAAACCAAACCCACCAAAAUAAAAUGGAAGAUCAACAACAACAACCACAGUUUCAGCAACCUCUUAUUGUGUAUCCAUCUUCAUCAUCAUCAUCUUCCACAUAUGCACCUCCCUCGUCCUCUGGUUCAAGUGGCUCAUUCGGUACAGCAUUCAUAGUUCUUGCAGCCAUCCUUGUCUUGGCUGCACUGGCUUGUGUGUUCGGAAGGCUAUGCAACCGUGGCCGCAAGGACAACAAAAACAACAACAAAGCUUCAAAGUAUGAGAAACCGUCGUCAAAGAAGAACCGUGAGAUCAGACCUGUGGAGCGUGAGCCGAGACAGAGAGGUGAUGAUUUGGAGCUUGGGUUCGAUGUAAAGCGUCCUGGUCCAAUGAGCAAACCCUCUGGUCGAAACGGAGGAGACAUUGAGUUUGGGUUUGAUAACAAGAAAGGAGGGGGCUGUUUAAGGCCCAAUCGGGAUGACUGCUCGGCCCGAGCUGUUUGGUUGCUCGCUUCGGCUGCUCGUCCUCUAGCUAAAGUAGUCACGAGCCGAGUCGGGGUCAGUCGAGGAGCCGACGCCGAGCCGACCGCUCCCUCCUUGAUGGGCUCGAAGAACAGGAGACUCGUUGUUGAUUUUGACGGCUCCGCCAGAAAUUGUCCGAAGAAAAGAACUUCCGCGAUUCGGUAUAAAUCGUCUGGAUUGAUGCCGAACAACGGUCUUUCCAAACCGGGGAUCUGA